AUGACGCGCCCUCGCCCCGCCCGCCUUGCCCAUAUCGCGCCCAUUGGUGUCGAUCGCAUGGGCCAGCUCGCCGACCACGCGGACUGCGACCUGUUGCGGCUCGAGAACCUCGACGUCAACAUCCCCCCCGACCCCGACGUCAUCGCCUGCUCCGCGGCUGCCCUCCACGCCGACAGCAACAACAGCUACCUGCCCUUCGUCGGCCAGCUGCCCUUGCGCCGCGUCGCCGCCCGCCAUGUGUCCGCCCUGUCCGGUGUGCCGUACGACGAGCACAACUGCCUCAUCGCCGCCGGCGGCCUGUCUGGCAUCUUGAAUGUGCUGCUGGCCACCGUCGAGGUCGGCGACGAGGUCAUCGUCACCGAUCCCACCUAUGCCGGCCUGAUCAACCGCGUCCGCCUGGCGGGCGGCACGCCCAAGUUUGUCCCCUUCACCUUCUCCCCCGGCCGCGAAUGGGUUCUGGAUCGAGAAGCCCUCUGUGCGGCCACCCGGGCGCCUGGCAGUAGAGUGCGUGCCAUGCUCCUCAUGUCGCCGUCGAUGCCCUCCGGGGCCUACCUCGAUGCGGAGGACUGGCAGCUGGUGGCCCAGCUGUGUGUCGAAGCGGACCUGCUGCUUAUUCUCGACACCGCCAUGGAGCGCCUGUUGUUUGACCACCGCCCGCUCCUCCACCCGGCUGGCCUGCCUGGCAUGGCCGAACGCACCAUCACCGUGGGCGCCGCGUCCAAAGAAUUGCGUCUGAUCGGCUGGCGGGUGGGCUGGAUUGUGGCGCCCUCCUCGUACAUCCCCGAUCUCACCGCCGUCGCGCUCGCCAACGUCGUGGUCCCGGUGGGCAUCGCGCAGUCUGCCGCCGCCCUGGCGUUGGAGCGGUCGUCGUCCACCAUGCAGCCCUACGUGGAGGAGCUGCAGAAACGACGGGACGUGAUCCUGGAGGAAUUGAAGGGCAUGCCAGUGGCCACACCCGCUGGCGGGUGGUCGCUGCUCCUCCGAGUCUCGGACUAUGGUAUUGACGGGGAGACCAUGGCGACCCGGCUGUUGGAACACGGGGUGUGUGCCACAGGCAUGGCCGGCUGGGGCGAGACACACGGCUCGCAGUAUAUUCGCUUUGUUUUUGCCAACGAGUCGUGUGAGAGGCUCAUGGGGUUAGGCGUGAAGGUGAGAGCGGCGCUGGGAAUAUAG